UUGACGCACCGAAGCGUACGCGACACCUCUCGGGCCAAAAUGAACCUUUUCUGCUUUUCACUGGAGGGGUCUAUGGACAGCCUGUACGAGGCGGUGCAGAGCUCCAGCGACGGCGCGCCGCCGCCGCCCAUCCCCAGCCGCUCGUCCAGCCGCUCCUGCAGCCGCUCCUGCAGCCCGGCGCUCCUGCUGGAGGAAAACGCCAAAUGGCGAGGCUCCGGAAGAUCCAUAUCCCUGGAGAUGCCGCAGCAGACACAAGGAACCAACUCGAACAAGAAGAAAAGGAGAACCCACGUAUCCAAAUCUGCAUCAGAUAAUGAAGCACUAGAUAACCCCGGCCGUAAUGCUGCGGCCUGGCAACCGGCCAGGAGUCAGGAAGAUUUAGCCCACAUCACCAGCAGUCACAAUGAAGAGGUGCGGAAGACCAGGCACAGGGCAGAAGCAAAAGGAGGGAAAGGAGCCCAUCACUCUGGCUCGAAGAAAAAGGAGAAAUCAUCAUCAAACCAGAGCAUUCAUACCUCUGCUGUCAAAAGAAACCCAAAGACUGGAAAGAAAUCUGUUGGAAAGAAUGGGAAAGAAGGGUCGAAGAAAAGCCAUUCUCCCAGAGCGUGCCCUCCACCGGGCACAAUGAGCCCACCCUUAGGGCACCACUAUUUGGAUGUCCCUUACUCAUCUAGGUCAGAUAAGAGGUUGUACCAAGGCAAAUGCUCCACUCUCCCUGCUCAGGAGAAUGCGGCCCCGGGCCGCUGUGCCGAAAGGGUCAACUUGCCCGGCGGAGCCACCCCCACUCACCAGCAGCGCUGGAGCAACCCAGCACGCCGCCUGCAAAGGAGUGGGACGGAAAGCACCGGUCGGAAAUGGCCCAGAGCGACGGCCCCACACAAGACCGUAAACCUCAAAUUCCCCCAAAUGUGCCCCGAUCCGCCACCCAAGUGGAUCUGUCAGAGCCAAAUAGCAGCAUCCAACGUGUCAGACAAAGUGAAGAGCAACAAACCAAAGCGCUCCACGAGCUUUGGAAAGUUCGAGGGCCUUCGACACCACUCAUCCCAGGCAAAAUCCGAGGAAAAUGGAACAACUACGUUAAGGGAGGAGAGUGACAGUCCGGACCCAAACAAAUCAGCCGGGCUCGGCAAGAAGAUGAAGGAGAUUUCGCUGACCAUGCGGAGGAAAAUGGGCAAAAAGCACGCCAAGUCUUUCACCGAGGAGGCGGGCGACGAGACGGACAAAGACCCCGAGGCCGAGACGGACGGUGCUCCGCCGGCCGGGAAAAACCCCUCAAAGACCAGCAACUCCCUGGAGAGCCUCUGCAGCGGCCAGAGCUCCUCCAGUGGAGUGACCAGUGAGUCCAACGACUCUGGGAAGAGGGACAGUCUGAGGCUGGAGGAGGAUGGCUCCUACCAGGGCCAGUUCUGCGGCAGGGCUCGGGUCCACACGGACUUUGUUCCCAGUCCGUACGACACAGACUCCCUCAAGCUGAAGGUGGGGGACAUAAUCAACAUCAUCAGUAAGCCUCCCAUGGGCAUCUGGACCGGGAUGCUCCACAACAAGGUGGGCAACUUCAAGUUCAUCUACGUGGACGUUUUGGUGGAGAAAGAGGAGGCGGAGGAAGAGGAGGCCCCCAAGAUCAGACCGCAGAAGCUGUGCAAAAGACCCCGACCCAAAACUCUGCUGGAGUUACUGGAGCGCUUGAAUCUGGAGGAGUAUGCCUCCGCCCUGCUGCUGAACGGCUACCAGACGGUGGAGGACCUGCUGCAUCUGCAGGAGAAGCACCUGAUAGAGCUGAACGUCAAAGACCCCGAACACAGACGCAAGCUACUCGCUGCAGCUGAUUUCCGCUACACAGAAGCUUCAGGUGAUGACGUGAGGGACACAGAGGAGCACAAGCCCACUCAAAGCCCACAGGAAGAAGACAGCGACUGUCCCAGAGAUUCAGGCUGCUUCAUCCCAUCCGAGUGCUCGGACAGCAAGGAAGAAACAGAGCAGGCCACAGAAGCGGUGGACUCCUGAAGCUGUUGUUUGUCAGGCCGAUACGUUGACAUUUGGAAUUCAAAGUGGCGUCUUUUCCCUUUUACUCUGGUGAAUUUUCUUUUUUGUCUGUUGUUUGGAAUGUUUCGUGUGCACCUCUAGUUCGACCCACAGGUUCCUCAAUGCACAAGCUUUUUAAGAGUGUAAAGGUUUGUAAAGCAAGAUCAGGCUCCUUAUAUUCUAAAUGUCAUACAUAUCCUUGUAUCAAGUUACUAUGUUCUGAUCCUGAGAGGGUAUUUUAGUUUGGGUUUCUGGAGGGGGAAAGUUUAUUGACUCGAGACUCAGUUGUAUUUAUUACAUUUGAAAUCCUUUCAUGUUUUCACAAACUGUUCAGCCAUUAUUUAUCACCACUGCGUCUUUUUGGUACAUUACCCAUCACGGUUCAGCUUCAACAUUUCAUUUUUUGAUGAAGGGAUGUUUUGGCGUGCUACUCUCUCUGGAUUGUGCCCUACAUCAUAUACUGGACAAAUUAACAAGUGUAAUAUUUUCUGAACAUAAGCUUUAUUACUGUGUGUGUGUGUGUGUGUGUCUAUGUAAGCCCAUUGCUACUGUAAAAGCCCAUGGUGAUCUGUUUUCACCACUUUUUGUAUAUAAAAUUAAUAAAACACUGUCAAAUAUAUUUACAUUGGAUCAAUCAUGCUAUUUCAACUGUC